UCAGCAAAAAUGAAUUCUGGGACUCAUGUCUUUCUAAUGACAUUAAAUCAGAAUAAGCAGAAGAUGUGAUCUGAUGAUAGGCGGCGGUCCGAGCUGCACUGAGCCACUGAUGCCAUGCUGAACUUCAGAAGAGGAGCAGCUGAGAAAUAAAGAGAAAGAUGGAUGACUGUCUUCAGAGGAGCCUGAGCGUUUUGGACCGCCUUCUCCUCACACACUCCAUAUGGCUCCAGCUGUCAAUCAACCCUGACUCCGCCCUCUGCAUCCUGCAGAGAGAGAUAGUUGGGACUUUUCUGGUGUGUAAGUGUGCAGUCACUCAGAGGAAGGUGCUGUGUGUGAGGGUUCAGGAGAGCAAUGUAUGUGUUGCACAAUAUCCCAUCCGAGAGGAAGAUUCCACAUUCUCUCUGGAGAGCUCAGCCCUGAGUUUUCCUGAUUUGUGCAGAUUAGUGGCCUUUUACUGCAUUAGCAGGGAUGUAUUGCCUUUCCCACUUGAGCUUCCUGAAGCUAUCGCACAGGCCACCAACCAUUCACAGCUAGAGAGUAUCUCACACCUUGGCUUGGAGUUCUGGAGUUCUCAGGCCUCCCCUGGCCCCCCUAACGGCCCUCCCACCGUGUCUGUGAACUGGUCAUCCAGGCCACGGUCACCAUGUUUCAUCAACCCCCUCUUCCUGCAGCCUUCCCAGCCAAGUCGAGGGGCUUCACACAAACGCCACAGAUUGAAACGCAGCCUGCGAGUCCGCGUGUCCACCGAAUCAUCAUUUUGCCUGACCCCUGGAGAGUCUGAAUGGAGCCAGGGCGACACGGAUGUGCUGAGAAGCAACGAGAGGAUGGCACGGAGGGCAGGGGGCCUGAGCGUGCUGAGGAGAACUGCUGCUCUGGCACCUACCUCAGAAGAAGAGGAUGAGCAGAUGCUGGGAGAGGUGCCUCCAACAUCAGACCCACAGCUGGAAAAGACAGAGCUUAAGGACAUGCCUCAGGAUGAGGGGCUCUGCUUGGCACUGGAGCGGCGUCAUGCUCCUUCUCUUGCCGAACUGGACAGCAACAGUUCCUUCAGCAGCCUAGAAGAGGAGGAGUCACAGCCAGACUCAGCCCUGCAGUGGCCUCCCCUCACACGGGGCACCCGUUUCCCAGUCGCCAACCCUGCCUCCACCCUACGCCGCAUGAGUGCUGCCUUCGUGUGUGUUUUUGCUCCUGAGCGGCGUGUAGCCCGGCUGGUUGAUGAGCUGUCCCGAGACAGGCGCUCUGCCUUUGGAUCUCUGGUCCAGGAUUUCUUACUAAAACAGAAGGAAGAAAUGAAGAUGCCAAGUUGGAGCUCAGCUGUGGAGCUGCUUCAGGGGUUGAGAAGGUUCCUGUCCCAGGCCAAGAGCCUACUUCUGGAGGCUGCAGAACUGGAACCUCCCAUAGAGACGCUGGUACCUGAGAAUGAGAAAGAGCUGGCUUUGGAGAAGGCUUUGUUUGGUUGUGUACUGAAACCACUGAAAGUUCAGCUGGGCCAGAUGCUGCUCUCACUUCACACACAGGACGGCACUCUCCAGAGAUUCACUAACAGCCUGCAGGCCUGUCAAGAGGGGGCACUGCAGCGCCUGGGUGUACGUGUGGCGGUCCUGGAUGCUCAAGGUGUAGAGAGAGCAAAGAAAAAGCUCAAUCUCAUGCAGAGAAGCCACUCACCAAUAGACAAAGUGCUGCUUCUGCUACAGGUGUGCAAGAGUGUGUACAAGGCCAUGGGAGCACAAUCUGAACAAGAAUUCAGCUCAGAGGAUUUCCUGCCUGCUCUGUCCUAUGUGGUAGUUCAGUGUAACAUCCCACAACUGCUGCUGGAGACAGAGUACAUGAUGGAGCUGCUGGAGUCCUCUUGGCUGUCAGGAGAAGGAGGGUACUACCUGACAAGUAUUUACGCCAGCCUGUGCCUAAUCCAGAGCCAGCCUGGUACUCCAUGUCCUGGUGGUUUAACCAAUGAGGCCCAGGAGAGUCUGAGGGAAUGGAGCAAGAGACGAUCCCAGGAGGCCAAACUCCAUAAAGAGAACCAGCAGAAUCAGAGGUUUGUGCGUAUUCUUUUCCAGAACACUGAGUGUUGCGCUGCCCGCACUCUCCAUUGGAAAGCAGGCGAGAGUGUGGAAGUAUUAACCCGAACCUGCGCAGAAGUGUUUGCCAUAAAUGAUCCACAGCAUUAUUGUUUGUUCUGGAGGAAUGGAGGGGAGAUGCAUCCUGUUCCUCUACACACACAGCCUCAUGAGCUGGCUGCCCCCACCCUAUCCUACCUCCGCAAAGAUCACGACUUCAGUAAGAUGCGCAGGCUGACCAGAGGUGGCGCUGUGGAUCUCGAGGAGUCUGCAUGUGAGGAGUAA